GCGAACGGAAACCCGGAAAGUGUAGUUUUGGAAUCCGAUUAAAAAGUGAGGAAAAUAUGAGUGCGGGUCAAUUUGAUGACGCACUGGACGAUGUAACGGAGCGGCUGGAUUCGUUAGCAACGCAGAAAACCGAAAUACCCCCGCCCGUGGCACCCGUUUUGACCAAGAUCGAGAUCCAGGAUGCUCUCUUCGGAACCGCGAACGAUGCUGGAAGGCUACUGCCAGGGGAAGAGAUACCAUACGAUUACGACGAUGACGUCGAUGAUGAGGAUGAGGACGAUGAUGGUUUUUACUGUUACGAGGGAGGCGAGCUGAAGCGCAAUCAACAGCUAAACCUCCAGCAAACACACAGCAACGCACAGCACGCUAGCCAGAAGGUGUCCCAUUUCCAGCCGGCCGAUGUACUGUUCAAAAAGUUCACCAAUCGCAUCAAUGUGGAAAAGUACGAAGGUCCCGCUUCGCUGCCGAGCCACGCGAAAAACACGCUCAUCGAAACGCAACGCCGUGCGGAUAUGGAACGGGUACGGAGCAAGGAUAAGCAAGAUCGUGCGACGGCGGAACAGGUGAUGGAUCCGCGUACGCGUAUGAUCCUGUUCAAGCUUCUGAACCGGGCCAUGAUCACGGAGAUCAAUGGGUGUAUCUCGACGGGCAAGGAAGCGAACGUGUACCACGCUACGUCGAGCAGCGGUAUGGAUUAUGCGAUCAAGAUCUUCAAAACGUCGAUUCUUACGUUCAAGGAUCGCGACAAGUACGUGACCGGCGAGUACCGUUUCCGGCAUGGGUACAGCAAACAUAAUCCCCGGAAAAUGGUGCGUACCUGGGCCGAGAAGGAGAUGCGCAAUCUGGUUCGCAUGAAGAAGUGUAACUUGCCCGUCCCGGAGCCGAUCCUCCUGCGAAGUCACGUGCUGCUGAUGGAGUUCAUCGGGUGUGAGGGUUGGCCGGCGCCGAAACUGAAGGAUGUGGAGCUGAGCACGUCCAAGGCACGCGAGCUGUACCGUGAUGCGGUCGAGAUGAUGUGGACGAUCUACAAUGAGUGCCGGCUGGUGCAUGCCGAUUUGUCGGAAUUCAAUCUGCUGUACCACGAUGGCAAGAUUGUCAUCAUCGAUGUGUCGCAAUCGGUUGAGCACGAACAUCCGCACGCGCUCGAGUUCCUGCGCAAGGACUGCGCCAACAUAACGGAUUUCUUCCGCAAGCGCGAAGUGUCGACGAUGACGGUGAAGGAACUGUUCGACUUCAUUACGGAUGCGACGAUAACGGUCGAAACGGUGGAACGGUGCCUGGAGGAGAUAUCGGAGCGUAUCGCUAACCGUAGCUUCGACGAGUUUACCGAACAGCAGAAGAUAGACGAGGCUGUCUUUCGGCAGGUGUUCAUCCCGAAAACGCUGCACGACGUGUACGAUGUCGAGCGGGAUGUGUUCGAAAAGCGAAAGGACGAUCUGGUCUACAAAACCAUCACCGGACUUGGGGCAGUUGCGGAGGACGCGAAAGCCACCGGUAGCGGAGGAGAGGAGGAUCAGAGCGAUUCCGAGGGUGAUGAUGAUGACAGUGCGUCGGAAGCAUCGAACGAACCGGAUGGUGAUGGCCAACGUGGAAAGUCGGUUGUGCGCGGGAAGAACGAAACGGCCGAAGAGCGGAAGGCGCGCAAGAAGGCAGUUAAGGAUGAGAAGGCGGAAAAGCGGAAAACGAAGGUGAAAAAGCACAUCAAGAAGCGAAAGGAGAAAAUCGGCAGUUCGCGGAAGUAGUAGAGAUGGAUGGAAGUGAGUGUUUGAAAUAUGGUGUGUAAAUAAUGUUCGAGAGAAAUAUAUCCGUUCACUGUA